AUGGAGGUGUGUGCUCAACCGGUUCAACCCCCUCACCAGUUGACAAACGUCGCCGCCUACCUGGCCGACCUGUCAGCACAGGCUGACAAUCUCGUGAGCCUCUUGCACGAGAUUCAGCAGACCGACCGUCAAACAGAAUCAGGACAUGGUUACCACGGUCUCGUUCCGCCGAACCAGUUCUUCCCGUCAUCACAAGCUGCCAAUCUCAAGGGCUCUUUUCGUCAAUUUCACCAAGCCGGUCUUCCAGCGGGUUCAGGAGCUUUCAACCCGGCAGUCGCUCUUGCGUGCCCCCCGCCUGGCCAGUUCAUUCAGUCGGCACAGGCUCAGAAUCUCGGAGCCGGUUUGCGCCAGCUUCAGCAGACGGAUCGUCCAUCGGGUCCAGUAGCCCCUCCAUCCGAUUUCGCCAAUGCGCGAAGCUUUCCUGACCAAGCCUUUCAGUGCACAGCGGCCAACUUGCGACAAGGACCGGAGCUGGCACCAGGAAGAUGGUUGGAUCCGCAAGGUGGAGAGCUGUCGGCCAGAUCCCCACAAGCAGCGGAUUUUGCUUCUGGCACCCACGCCACAGGCGUCGCGAGUUCUGGGUACGCAGCGCAGCCUGCAAUGCAGAUUGCGACUCACCCGAAGCCUGCAUCCCUCGAUGCCGGCUGCACAGAGCAGAAAGUUGAGGAGACUUCCGAGCCCAAAGUGCCGCAUCCUCCUUCUCGUUCCAAGGGCCCCCAUGAACUCGGCCUCUGUGAGCGCUACAAUGCCGGCUCUCUGGGUCACCCUGAGCUCUGUAGGAAGCCUUGUCUGUUCCAUGAGAGGGGCGAAUGCGAGAACGGCUCCGCUUGCGGAUACUGUCACUUCCAGCAUCUCAGGCGACCCGCAGUGCCCGACCGAUGUCAGCGAAGUCUGAUUCGCAGACUAAGCCUGCCACAGCUUAUUGUUUUCGUGAUGCCGCAUGUUCGCACCCGCUGUUGGAAACGACCUUGGCUAACAGCAACCUUUUCAUCAACAAUGACGUGA